AUGGCCUCCCUCACGCUCGCGUUACUGCUUGCCCUCUUCGCCCUCCUCACCUCUGCCGACCCUUCGGUACCCACACAAAACACCCAGUUCUGCAACUUUGGGCACCCCACCGGACAUGCCGAUUUCUGCUUUGGUCUGUCGGUGAAAAAUCACUCGAGCCCGAAGCCAAAUCACGACUUUCACAAGGAUUUUCACGUCAGCUUAUCGAUCCGCCGAUCGGGGAAGCUAGGGUGGACGGCUGUUGGGACGGGGCCGACGAUGGCGGGGUCGGUGAUGGUUGUUGUUUACGGGGAUCCGGGGAGGGGAAGGCCGGCGGUUAGUGUCAGGAGUGUGGAUGGGCAUCACCUGCCCGGGACUAUUGAUCAUCAGGGUGUCGAUGGGGAGGUGAAAGGGGAGUGGGAGGGGGUUGAACAAGGGGGGGUGGUGAGGGUGAUGAGGGCGGAGUGGGUUCUUUUGGGUGGGGGAAAGGAAGGGAGACAUGAUGAUGAGAUGGAGGAAUGGGAAAAGCCGGACGGGCCAGCGACGCAUGCCGCACGGGUGGAGGUUGUUUGUGAGAAGUGCGAUACUUUUGGGAGUGUGCAGAGCUGGGGUAGUGGGGGAACAGGGGGGAGUAUGCCGUGGAUUUGGGCUUGGAAUGAUCAUCAGGAUUUUGAACAUGAUGGGGACGGGUUUGAGGUUGGGGCGAAAUUGAAGAUGCAUAGGCAUCGUGAGGGGAGUGGGGGGUUUGGGAGGUUUUGGGUUGAUAUGCGGAGGGCUGCUCUUGAGGGAGGGAGACAUGAGGUUUGGUCGUUGGCGAAGAUUCAUGGGGUGGUGAUGGCGGUGGGGUUUUUGGGGUUGUUCCCGUUGGGGUUGGUGAUGAUCAGGAUGAAUAGUGGGAAGGGGAGGCCGUUUAAGAGGCAUUGGAGGGUGCAGGUUUUGGCCACGACGGUUGCGGUUGUUGGGGCGAUGAUUGGAGGACGGUUGUCAAAGUGGCAUAUGCCAAAGACAUCACAUCAGUGGUUGGGGGUGGGCAUUGUGGUAGGGUUGGUUGUGCAGAGUGUUUUGGGGUGGAGGCACCAUGUUGACUUUGUGAGGAUCAAGAGACGGACGUGGAUUUCUCACGGGCAUAUCUGGCUGGGGAGGUUUUUGGUUGCUGGGGGGUUGGUGAAUGUGGUUUUGGGCAUGUUGUUGGCUGGCAAGGGUGCAGGGUCGGUUUGGUUGGUCGUCGCGGUGGGAGUGUUGGAGGCGGCUGGGUUGGGCUACUGGCUAUGGAGGGCUGAGAGGCAGAGGAAGCAGGCUGCUGGUGCGGGGGAGGAUGGGACGGAGGCUUUGGCUUUGAUGCCGAGGAGUAGCGAUGGAGGGGAGAAUUAUUUUGCAUUGGAUGAGAGCGAAGAGGAAAGCUCGGAUGAGGGUGAGGAUGGCAAGAUGUCGGAUGAGGAGUCAUUGCGGAAGAGAUCAGUGGACUCAGCAACUUCGGUGAAGAAGAGUUUGGCGGCAACGAAGGACUAA